CAACGCCCGUGUAAAUUACAGUGUAAACUUGCUCUUGGUCUCUGUGAAUGCUGCUCGUUUUUAAUUAGCAUUGAAUGUGUUCAUUAUUCCAGAAAACUUGAAAUAAGAAAAACACCGCCAAAACGAAGGCAUUAUUUCAUUUGAGCCAUUGGCAUUUUUUAUAGAAACCCCAAGCAGUAUUCACGGCAGACCAAGAUUUUUUAAAGUUUCUGUUCACACAAACAAACAAAUACUUAUUAAGCUUGGAAGGCCAAAUUUCGAUCGACGUAGAAAUCGUCGACACUCUUUAAAAAAUCUUGCAUUUUUUGUGCUAGAAGUGGACGCCAAGGUUUUGGCAAAACCUUAAUUUGGAAGCCCGUAAUUAUUCGUGGCGAAUAUUAUGCCGAAAGGAUCGAACAAAAAGCCUCAUGAAGGUCAUGAGGGAAGCAGCUGUGGGCUAUGCACAAACAAAGACACUAAGGAGAUGGUCCAGUGCGACGUGUGCAACGUCUGGUACCAUUUCGGUUGUGCCAAGGUGGGUGCUGACAUCAGUACCAGGGAUUGGUUAUGUGAGGGCUGCGUUGCGAAACGGGCUGAGCCUGAAGAAAUUGAUGACGCUGAGGAAGCAAAUCAAACGAUACGCCAGCAAAUAGUGCCAGACAAAAAGGUAUGUACUAUAAAAGAUAAUGAAUAUAGUAGUGGUGGGCCAUCUAAUUCGCGUCGAGUAAUCGCUUUGGAACUGAUGCGGUUAGAGGAAGAGAGAAAGGCAGAAUUAAUUUAUCUCAAAAAGAAAUUUUAAUUGCUUGCCAUGCAGGAUGAUUGCGAAGGCACAGAAUUGAAUGAGGGGGUGGCAAAUGAUGGUGGCUUAGGUAAGGGACUGGGUGAGGUUGUUGAGGUGAAGGAGACACUCAGUGGUAAGCAGGGUGGACAAAAUCAUAUUAAUGCUGAAGCUUCUACUGGUUCGUUAUACGCACCGAGUCAUGAGAACCUUUACGUUCGUCAGGUUGUCUCAAGAGAGCUUCCAAUCUUCAGUGGCACGCCAGAGGAAUGGCCACUCUUUUUUAGCAGCUUUCAGACAUCUACUCGGAUUUGUGGUCUGAGUAAUGAUGAAAAUCUACUUCGACUACAGCGUUCAUUAAAGGGGAAAGCAUUUGAGUAUGUGAGUCAUAGUCUCACCUUACCUGCAUUAGUUCCAGAGAUUAUGUCAACUUUACGUAUGGCUUUCGGUCGACCGGAGCACAUAAUAAACAAUCUCUUAGCAAAAAUACGUUCUACAGCACCAGUAAAUCCAAAUAGGCUUGAUUCUUUAAUUAACUUUUCUCUUGAGGUUAAAGGCAUUGUUGCAACUAUGGAAGCGUCGGGGUUAGUUUCAUAUUUAAAUAAUCCGCUGCUGUUGCAAGAUAUUAUAGAUAAACUUCCAGUUCAAAAGCGUAUUGACUGGGCUAUGCAUUCCGAAAAUAUUAAUGAAGUUAAUUUAAAAACUCUAAGCGACUGGCUCUUUAAAUUUGCUGAAGCAGCAAGUAGGGUAAUGUCUACUCCCAUAACAAGUAGUUUAGAUUCAGAAAGGCGGAAGGUACACCGUCUUAACUUCCACGAAACCAGUUCUACGCCAAGUCAAGGUAACUCUUUAUCGACUUUUAGGUGUUAUGCAUGCGAUGGGCCACAUGGUAUUAUUAACUGCGAACAAUUUAGUAUGCUGAAUUACAAUGAGAAAUGGAGUGUUGUCAACACCAACAAACUCUGCCACUCUUGUUUAAGACAUCAUGAUGCUAAAUUAUGUCGGAACCGAAGGGAGUGCCAGGUUGAUGGAUGUGACGCAAAGCAUCAUCCACUGUUGCAUAAAUUAAAUACAGCAGUUACUAAGGGAUGUACUGAUUAUGCAGGUGUAGUGGCCAUCCAUAACAUGCAGACAUCGAAAGUCUUGUAUCGAAUCGUACCCAUAACAAUUUUUGGAAAGAACACCUCCGUAGAUGUGUACGCAUUUUUAGACGACGGUUCAGGCCCAACUCUUAUCGAAAGAGAUAUUUUGUCACAAAUCGGCAGUCAGGGUAUAACAUCGGACUUAUGUCUCAGGUGGACAGACGGAACGGUACGCAUCGAGACGAAUUCACACCACCUUGACUUGCAGCGCCAAAGGGGAAAAACAAAAAUCGUUAUUCACUACGGAAUGUGCGAUCCGUUGAUAAGCUUGAUCUACCGUCUCAAACUCUCAAAAUGUUGGAACUCACGGAGGAGUACAAACAUUUGAAGGGGCUUCCAGUCGAAUCUUAUCAAAACGUAGUUCCAAAAGUUUUAAUCGGUCUCAACAAUAGAAGCUUGGCAAUGCCCUUGAACCACCGAGAAGGGAAAAUACAUGAACCAGCCGCUACAAAAACUCGCCUAGGGUGGACAAUAUAUGGUGAACUCGGUGGCAGUCCAAAUGCACUUUCGACCGCUAAAGACUAUGGUAACAUGCACCUGCAUAUCUGUGAAUGUGAUGAUGACGUAGCAUUACAAAAGCUUAUGACAGAUAAUAUGAAGAUCGAAAACGAGGGCCUUGAACUGGUGUCACGAGAUAUUAUGAAUCUAGACACGAACAACAUGCUUCAAAACUGUAUCAAACGUGAAGGCGACCGAUUCAUAUCAAAACUACUUUGGAAGUCCGAAAACAUAACGCUACCAAAUAAUGAAGCCAUGGCCUACCGCAGACUAUGUUGUUUCGAGAAAAGACUUGAGAAGGAUCCUGAUUUGAAGCAACAAAUGAAUAUUUACAUCCAAAAUAUGGAAACUAAGAAUUAUAUACGAAAACUUCACAGAGAUGAGUUGAUUACCGACUACCCUCGUAAAUGGCAUUUACCGAUAUUUGCAGUCAGAAACCCGAACAAACCAAAAAAGAUUAGGGUGGUAUGGGACGCCGCAGCAGAAUGCAAGGGCGUGUCCUUAAAUAGGUGCAUUGAAAAGGGUCCAGAUCUUAUGACUUCCUUGACAGACGUCCUAUUCAACUUCAGAGUUGGCAAGGUAGGAAUUUGUGGUGACAUAUGUGAAAUGUUUCACAGAAUAGCAGUCGAUGAAAAUGAUCAGCAAUCUCAGCGUUUUCUUUGGCGAAAUGGAGAAAACAAUCGUCAACCAGAUACAUACAUUUUAAAGGUUAUGAGUUUCGGAGCAAGUUGCUCACCGUCAAUCGCACAGAGUGUUAAGAAUUUAAAUGCGUU